CACUCAAAAAUACACACCAACAUCCACACUCUCACACCUCCCCUCCCUUCACCACCAUGUCCUCCCAGUCCAAUCAUCCUAAGCUUAUCCUCCCCGUCCUCUUCCAUCUCCUCUCCCUCUCCCUGUCCAUGCCCCCCACCUCCACUCCUUCCUCCUCCCUCCUCACCUUCUUCCCACCGGAAGGAGGUCUCACACAUUUGGUGGUUCACAACAAAACGGGUGAGGUCUACCUUGGCGCCGUCAACUGGAUCUACAAGCUGUCAAGCAACCUGACCAAGCUCCGAAACCAUGUGACAGGCCCCGUCACAGACAACCCUCGCUGUUACCCCCCGCCCGGAGUACAGUCCUGCCCUCAUGAGCUGGUGCUGACCUCGAACGUCAAUAAACUCCUGCUACUUGAUGCUGCCCACAACCGCUUAAUCGCCUGUGGAAGUACCUCCCAGGGAAUAUGCCAGUUCCUGCGUCUGGAUGAUUUGUUCAAGCUCGGUGAGCCCCACCACCGCAAAGAGCAUUAUCUAUCCAGUGUAGCAGAGGCAGGCACCAUGUCAGGUGUUGUGAUAUCCCCGGAUCUUUUUGGCGGAGGUGGGAAACUUUUUGUCGGCACUCCCAUUGACGGGAAAUCUGAAUACUUCCCUACGCUGUCAAGUCGCAAGUUGAUGUCCAACGAGGAGAAUGCCGACAUGUUCAGCUUCGUCUACCAGGACGAGUUUGUCUCCUCACAGCUGAAAAUUCCCUCAGACACGCUCUCCAAGUUCCCGGCAUUCGACAUCUACUACAUCUACGGCUUCAACAGUGAGCAGUUUGUAUAUUACCUCACCCUACAGCUCGACACCCAGCUCACCUCGCCAGACGCAAGCAGCGAACAGUUCUUCACCUCUAAAAUCGUCCGCUUAUGCGUCGACGAUCCUAAGUUCUACUCCUACGUUGAGUUCCCCAUUGGUUGCACCAAGGAUGGAGUGGAGUAUCGCUUGGUUCAGGAUGCUUAUUUGGCUCGGCCGGGGACACGUUUGGCCCGUUCGCUCGGUAUUCAAGACCAUGAGGAGGUUUUGUUCACUGUCUUCGCGCAGGGUCAGAAGAACAGAGCCAAGCCUCCCAAGGAGUCGGCUUUGUGUCUGUUUACUAUGAAACGGAUAAAGGAGAAGAUCAAAGAGAGGAUUCAGUCGUGCUACAGAGGAGAGGGGAAACUCUCCCUGCCCUGGCUGCUCAACAAGGAGCUGGCCUGCAUCAACUCGCCACUGCAGAUAGAUGACAACUUCUGCGGCCAGGACUUCAACCAGCCUCUAGGGGGCACUACUGCCAUCGAAGGCAUCCCGCUGUACGUGGACAAGGAUGACGGCAUGACCUCUGUGGCGGCCUAUGACUACCACGGACACACUGUGGCAUUUACUGGCACACGCAGCGGACGCAUGAAAAAGAUCCUUGUGAACUCCGUUACCCAGCCUGCCAUGCUGUAUGAGAAUGUGGUGGUGAGCGAAGGGAGCCCCAUCCUGAGGGAUCUGCUCUUCAGCCCAGACCAUCAGUACUUAUAUGCCCUCACUGACAAACAGGUCACCCGUGUACCAGUGGAGAGCUGUGAGCAGUACAGUUCCUGUGGAGCAUGUCUUGGAGCAGGGGACCCUCACUGUGGCUGGUGUGUGCUGCAUAAUGUAUGUUCGAGGAAGGACCACUGCGAGCGAGCAGAGGAGCCUCAGCGUUUCACCACCCGAGUGGAGCAGUGCGUGCGACUCUCGGUCCAACCUGACACCGUCUCCGUCACCAUGUCAGAAGUGCAGUUGUCACUUCAGGCACAGAAUGUGCCCAGUUUGUCUGCUGGAGUGAACUGCUCAUUUGAGGACUAUGUAGAGACAGAAGGUCGCAUCUAUGGAGGACGGAUCUUCUGCCUGUCCCCUUCGACAAAAGAAGUGUUGCCCAUCACUCGAGACCAAGGUGACCGACGUGUUAUAAAAUUGUAUCUGAAGUCGAAAGAGACGGGGAAGAAGUUUGCAAGCGUUGAGUUUAUCUUCUACAACUGCAGCGUGCACCAAUCGUGCCUGUCCUGCGUUAAUGGAAACUUCCCCUGUCACUGGUGCAAAUAUCGCCACAUGUGCACACAGGACGCCAGCGACUGCUCCUUCCAAGAGGGACGAGUCAACACCUCUAAGGAGUGCCCUCAGAUCCUGCCCUCCACGCAGAUCUAUAUCCCUGCUGGAGUCAUGAGGCCCAUCACCCUGCUGGCCCAGAACCUGCCUCAGCCGCAGUCCGGCCAGAGGAACUACGAGUGCAUCUUCCACAUCCAGGGCAGCACACACAGUGUCCCCGCUCUGAGGUUCAACAGCAGCAGCAUACAGUGUCAGAAGACCACGUAUGACUACGAGGGCGGUGACAUCGGUGACCUACCCGUCGACCUCUCCGUGGUGUGGAAUGGGAACUUCGUCAUUGACAACCCCUCCAACAUUCAAGCCCACCUGUACAAGUGCAGAGCGUUGCGGGACAGCUGUGGAAUGUGCCUGAAAGCCGACCCCAGGUUUGAAUGUGGUUGGUGCGUCCAGGACAGGAAGUGCUCCCUCAGGCAGGAGUGUAAUGGCGGAGGAAACUCACACCUCCCUCUGCAGCUGGCUGAAAGCGGAGGUUGGAUGCAUGCCACCUCUGGAAACAGCCGAUGCACGCACCCCAAGAUCACUAAGUUGUUUCCUGAGACGGGGCCUCGCCAAGGGGGCACCCGGCUGACCAUCCUGGGGGAAAACCUUGGGCUGCAGUUCAGAGACAUCCAGAUGGGCGUCAGACUGGGGAAGGUACCCUGCGUACCCAUCGAGGAGGAGUAUGUGAGCGCAGAGAGAAUAGUGUGUCUGCUGAACGACGCCACCAGCUACAGGGUGCAGGAAGCUCCGGUGGAGGUGUGUGUGAGGGACUGCGUCAACGACUACAGAGCGCUGUCACCCAGGCCCUUCACCUUUGUUACUCCAUUCUUCACCCGUAUCCAGCCAUCUCAAGGGCCCAUUUCCGGCGGCACCCGGGUCACCAUCGAGGGAAGUUCGCUUAACGCAGGCAGCUACGUCUCAGUAGGCAUCGGACAGCAGCCCUGCUACUUCAAAAAGAGGAACGCCAAUGAGAUAGUGUGCAUAACACCAGCUGGAUUAGCAGCGAGCAGUGCAUUAGUCACUGUGGACAUUGAUGAUGCUGAGCUCCAGAACCCUGAGGUGAAGUUUAACUACACUGAAGACCCCACUGUCCUGAGGAUUGAACCGGACUGGAGCAUUGCCAGUGGUGGCACUCUGCUGACAGUGAGUGGGACCAACCUUGCAACCAUCCGAGAACCAAAGAUCAGGGCCAAGUAUGGGCAGGCAGAAUCCUUUCAUAACUGUACAGUGUAUAAUAACUCCGUCAUGGUGUGCCUGGCUCCGUCAGUGGCUGAUUCUGAGCUGGGCUUUUCCGACACCGGCACAGGCCCAGAUGAGAUCGGGUUCUACAUGGACAACGUGAACGCUCUGGUGGUGGUCAACGAGACGUUCAGCUACUACCCCGACCCCGUGUUCGAGCCGCUAAGUCCCUCAGGGAUACUGGAACUGAAACCAACCUCGCCGCUAAUUCUCAAGGGUCGUAACCUGAUCCCAUCGGCCCCGGGGAACAGUCGCCUGAACUACACGGUGCUGAUUGGAGAGAUUCCCUGCGUCCUCACCCUGUCUGAGAGCCAGCUGCUGUGUGAAUGGCCCAACCUCACCGGACAACACAAAGUCACGAUCCGUGCUGGAGGGUUCGAGUACUCCCCCGGGACUCUUCACAUCUACUCGGACAGCCUGCUGACACUUCCUGCCAUAAUCGGUAUUGGAGGGGGCGGCGGCCUGCUUCUGUUGGUCAUCAUCGCUGUGCUGAUCGCCUACAAGAGGAAGUCAAGGGACGCCGACCGCACCUUAAAACGCCUGCAGCUCCAGAUGGACAACCUGGAGUCCAGAGUGGCCCUGGAGUGUAAAGAAGCUUUCGCAGAGCUCCAGACAGACAUCCAUGAGUUGACCCAGGAGCUAGACGGAGCUGGGAUCCCCUUCCUUGACUAUCGCACUUAUGCGAUGAGGGUCCUGUUCCCAGGCAUCGAGGACCACCCUGUGCUCAAGGAGAUGGAGGUCCAGGCAAAUGUGGAGAAGGCUCUGACGCUGUUUGGCCAGCUGCUGACCAAGAAGCACUUCCUGUUGACGUUCAUACGAACCCUGGAGGCGCAGAGGUCGUUUUCCAUGCGAGACCGAGGCAACGUGGCAUCCCUGAUCAUGACGGCGCUGCAGGGGGAGAUGGAGUACGCCACCGGGGUGCUGAAGCAGCUGCUGUCCGACCUGAUUGAUAGAAACCUGGAGAGCAAGAACCAUCCCAAGCUGCUACUCAGGAGAACGGAGUCAGUGGCUGAGAAGAUGCUGACCAACUGGUUUACUUUCCUCUUGUAUAAGUUCCUCAAGGAGUGUGCCGGGGAGCCUCUGUUCAUGCUUUACUGUGCCAUCAAGCAGCAGAUGGAGAAGGGUCCCAUCGACGCCAUCACAGGAGAAGCCCGCUACUCCCUCAGCGAGGACAAGCUCAUUAGACAACAGCUCGACUACAAAACACUGACGUUGCACUGUGUGAACCCAGAGAAUGAGAACGCCCAAGAGGUGACGGUCAAGUGUCUGAACUGCGACACCAUCACUCAGGUCAAAGAGAAGCUGCUUGAUGCUGUUUACAAAGGCAGCCCCGACUCACAGAGGCCCAAAGCUUCUGAUAUGGACCUGGAAUGGCGCCAAGGUCGGAUGGCCAGAAUCAUUCUGCAAGAUGAAGAUGUCACCACUAAGAUCGACAAUGACUGGAAACGACUCAACACUCUGGCUCACUAUCAGGUAACAGAUGGCUCAUUGAUCGCCCUGGUGCCAAAGCAGAACUCUGCCUAUAACAUCUCCAACUCCUCCACCUUCACCAAGAGCCUCAGCAGAUACGAGAGUAUGCUGAGGACAGCCAGCAGUCCAGACAGCCUACGAUCCCGAACCCCCAUGAUCACCCCCGACCUGGAGAGUGGAACCAAAUUGUGGCAUCUGGUGAAGAACCACGACCACUCAGACCAGAGGGAGGGGGACAGAGGCAGCAAGAUGGUGUCUGAAAUCUACCUGACCAGGCUGCUAGCUACAAAGGGCACGCUGCAGAAGUUUGUGGAUGACCUUUUUGAGACCAUCUUCAGCACAGCACACAGAGGCAGCGCUCUGCCGCUGGCCAUCAAGUACAUGUUCGACUUCCUGGAUGAGCAGGCCGACAAACACUCCAUCACAGACUACGACGUACGGCAUACCUGGAAGAGCAACUGUCUCCCUCUGCGUUUCUGGGUGAACGUCAUCAAAAACCCUCAGUUUGUAUUCGAUAUCCAUAAGAACAGUAUCACGGACGCCUGCCUGUCUGUGGUGGCCCAGACUUUCAUGGACUCCUGUUCUACGUCAGAACAUAAACUGGGAAAAGACUCGCCUUCAAAUAAGCUUCUGUAUGCUAAAGACAUCCCCAACUACAAGAACUGGGUAGAGAGGUAUUAUUCGGAUAUCUCCCGCAUGCCAGUCAUCAGUGAUCAGGACAUGAGUGCCUACCUGGCAGAGCAGUCCCGCCUGCACCUCAGCCAGUUCAACAGUAUGUCCGCACUGCACGAGAUCUACUCCUACAUCAUCAAAUACAAAGACGAGAUCCUGUCGGCGCUACAAAAGGACGAGCAGUCGCGCAGACAGCGGCUACGCGGCAAGCUGGAGCAGGUCAUCGACACCAUGGCACUUGGUAGCUGAGGACAGGCCAUUGGCAUGCAUCGGCUAGGGGAGAACUGGCCAACCAACACGCCUUCCCUGACAACCUUGUGACAUUUUUUAACCUACGUUUAAGUCUGUCGUCAUCAUGCUCACAAACAACGACCGCAGGAAAAGACUGCAAGGAUGCCAGCAGCAGCACACUGGAGAGACAGCAGAGCUGGGAACUAAGGGUUGGCUUUUUUUUUCUCCCUCUGAGCAAAAAAACCCGGCCCUUAACAACCAAAUCAAGCGCACCCACAGCAAAUGGACCUCAGCUCAGGAGAGCGCUUAUUUUCAUCAUGGCCCUCAUCACAUUUAGCGUCGUACGGGUGCAGCAGUUGGGCACUUUGGCCCAAAUCAGGACCAGAACAGGCACACUGGUGACCAAAUACUCAACGAGCUGGAUACAAAACUAAAAAGCUAUGGAAAAGCCAGUAGCUCUCCACAGCUUAAACCUACGGUUCAGACUGAGAGCCAAUCAAAAUCCAGGAUAUAUAAAGCUGCCGCGACUGCAGAGCAACCAGAAGGAAUUACUUUGCAGGGAAACUUCCUCCAGUACUGACUCUCCAACCCUCUAUCCACAGGAAAUCCACUGAAGUCUCACAAAGAACAUUUUCAGUUAACUCUGCAUUUGACAUCCCCCCCCCAACUGCCUAUUCUCCCCAGUGCUGUGCCACUUGUGUUACUGCUGAAUUUGCACAACAAAGCUAAAUCAAAAGAGAGAAGAGGAUAUAUGAAUAUAUAUAUAUAUAGAUAUAUAAAUACAAAACAUUUUGUUGAAGAAAAAAAAAUGUUUUCCAUUUUAAUGUACAAAAGAUUGAGAAGAAGAUUUGAUAUUUCCAAGAAGAAACAUGAGGAAAAAGUCGUCCUGUGCCAUGUUUUACUUUGAAUGUCGUUUAGUGCAAAGAGACUUCUUUUUCGUUAGAUGAAAUGUGCUAUGAUGAAAAAUGUUGUCAUGCUUUGUGACUGACAGUGAGAGUUUAAAAAUAGGUAAAUGGCAAAAAUAUAUAUAUUGCAGACAGUUUCUAUAUUUCAUGAGGUCUUGGGACCGUUGUGUGCUACGUCUUUGGCUCUAAAGGUAGUAAAAAUACGAAUGGUGUACGUGAGCCGACCGCCCUUCAGUGCUUUGUGUUUGUUUUAGAGAAACCAAAUACACCAAGGCCUGGUUUAGCUGAUUUAGAUGAUACUAAAGUCAUUUUGUGGAAGCAAGGAGCAACUUUAGAGGCACCAGGUGGUCAUAUGAGCAGUUGAAUCCAACUUCUUUAUCUUGUGUUCUUGGCUUCUCUUGUCUGAAAAUGUGUGCGCUCCAAAAACUAUGCGGUGCGCAGAAGAAGGUGAACAAGUAUUGUGUAAUUUCUGACUUCUCUAAAGACUGUAAAGCUGAAGGUUCCACUUGUGAAAUGUGAAUGUGGUUUACUAAUUGUACUUUGAUUUUGAUUUUUUUGUGUGUUUUUGUACCAGUUGAAGGCCUUUCUUUUCUUUCUUUCCUUUCUUUUUUUUAUGGGUUCAUGAUAGGACAGGAUAAAAAAAGCAACAUUUCUUUCCAGUAGGUCCACAUUUUUUUGUAGUGCUUAAAAAAAAAAAGUCAUAAACAAGACAUUCAUUUCUCAUAUGAAUGUGCAAAAUAGGUACAAGGCUAAAAACAAAAGAUAGUAACCAGGGUAAUAUUGGGUUUGUGUUGCAAAGAGAGCUGGUUGGGGGAUAUAAAGCAGGCAUAGGAAUAACCAGAUUAUGACUCCUGUACUUAUCCCUGAUUGUUGGUUUGAAAACAAAAAGAAAAAAUGCAACAAAUGUAGAUUUACAUUUUCAAGGAAACAGUUACAGGUGCCUCAAAAUCAUUUUCCUUUUCUUCCUCUUCACAGUGCUUCCCUCAGAUUUGUUCCCCCAUGUGAGACAGUACAAAGUCUUUAAUCAAGUGACACCAGAUUCCUGUGUUAAGUCCAGAUCAGAUAGAAAAGAGCUCUGCAGGUGCAUCAGGGACCUUGCAGAGGGCUGUUGCGAAAGGCGGGGUAGGUUCCUCUCAAAUUAAAAGUGACUUUAACCCUCUUUUUAUUGUCACAGCUAAACAAAGACAGUUUGAGCUGCAGUUUUAGAAAAGGAAACUGAAAAAUGCCAGUUGGUUCUGACUGCAGUGAAUCAAAAGCAAACAUGAUAAAUCUGUCUGCACUAAAACCUGCCCACUUCCUGUUUUGUCAUUUCCCAGUGCUAACGCAACAAACUAGCAUAUAUUGGAUAAGAUGCUAAAUUCAAGCUAGCAUAUCAUGUUCUCUGAUGGCACAUUUACAUACUAAAGGAUUCAUUGUAAACUUAAAAAGCCAAACGGUUGUUUAAAACUAGGUGAUAAGUUAUAUUCAAAAUAAUAGAUUUGACAUGAAAUAAUCUACUUCUUAAGUUAUUUUGUUUGUUCAAGUGACAUUUACCGCAGAUGAACAACAGCUAGCAGUCCAAGUUUGUGAUCAAAGCACUAGAUGGAUUACAAAUCUACAUAUCCCUAUUGAUAAUUGUUACAGCUGUUUCACUCUAUGUAAAGAAAGUGUCACGUUGUAUUUGGUCCAACAAUCAACAAGUUCAGUCACUUAAGAUUUUGCUAAAUUCCCGCCUUGGCCAAUAUAGCUCGACAGCAAUCCCUCCAAUCUUAGUCACAUGCUAUAAAAAAACAAGAUGAGAUUAAGUUAACCUGAAUAAUCAUUUCAUUUUAUGCCAGGUGCUUGCUACAUUUUAGCUGUUAGCUAGCCUAAACAUGAAGGUCCUAUAUAUAUCGACAAUGCUUGUUUUGUUAUAUGGGAAUGUCAUUUUAAGGAGACCAAUCAGUAAUUAUUCAAAUUGUUGAUACAACAUCUUUCCAUUGUUUCCCAGGAGUUGAAGGAUUCCAUCAUGGCCGACAGCUGUCAAACUUAGCCAUGGUGUCACAAUCUUUUAGCACAUUUUGUCGGUGUACUCAGCAGAGUACUAGCCAGACCUUUACCCAAACCACAAAACACACACAUAUUGCUGCUGUCAAAUGAAAACGUUUAACUUUAAAAGUCAUACAUUUCCUUAUAGAUUUAAAAUGAUUAUGAAACCCUUUAAUAAUCCUGAUCUUUAGGUAUUAGCCUCUAGUUCUCAUCAACGUGCUUUGUUUUGAUUUGACAGCAAAGAUGUGUCUGGACAGAAAGUAAUGUACUGUAUGUGCUCCAAUACUUGAACUACUGAUCUACACAGGGUAAUACAACAUACAGACCAAAGCUUUAUCCAUUCAAAUCAGGAGAACAGCUCUGUGACAAGAGAUUAUUUUUGAUCCAUCUGCUAUUCAGUUCUUCCACUAAUUGAUUUUAUCACUCAGUUAUAGUCAUUUAAAUACCCCCCUCUUUGACGGUAUUUAGUGUCUUUAUGCUUGAUGAAUGGUGAAAUUGAGGCGAUGUUACUUACCAUGUACAGGCACUCAUUUACUUUUUAAUUUGUAUGAAUGACAUGGACCAAUGUAUCGAUGUUUGACUGCAUUUCAGUGGCUUAAUUAUUCUUUUGAUGGAGAUUUGUGACAAUGAUUUUAGUGAUGUGGAAACAGUAAUGCUGUUAACCUAGCUCUAGCUUGCUGUACAUGAAGUAAUGUGAAAAACAGUUCAGCAAGGCGUGGUAGGAGGCCCACUUGGUCUCUGGUGCUUUUGCUUCUUGUUUUUUUCUGCUUCACCACUUGUUGGGGUAAAAGAUAAAAAGACUUAGGCAUGGCAGAGGAAGUGCUUUGAAGGCCAUGGUACUGCUUCAUUUUCAAUUCUGUUGCAUCUGUGGCGUUCAACUUCCACACAGAAAGAGACAGUGGUGAAGGAGGGAGGAGGGAGAGGCUCUCUCGAUGAUUGGCAAACUGAACUGUUCACUGUGCCUUGUCUGGCUCUUCCCAUACUGAAAAACAUAUAUUUUUUAAGAGUGUUAGUAACAAGAGCAAUAUUUUGUGAACUUUGCUCAUUUACUUUCUUUCCGAGACUGAGAUGAGAAGUACUCGAAUGUCAGUAGACGAUUAGCCUAGAUUAGUGUGCAAAACAAAAGAGCUAACCUGGCUUUGACACUAUCCAACACCUUAAAUGCUGGCUAAGCAAACCUAUUUAUUUCCAUUUAGCAUACAUGAUUUUAAAUUAUUUUAUGUGCACGGAUGUACACGGUGAAAAAGUGCUGGUUUAUCUGUGUUGGAAGGUUAAGAGAAAGUGUGCCUACCUGCACUGCUUAUCUAGUUUGUCGACACAUUUUCACUGGUUUUUUUUUAUUUAAGAAAGAGCUGGCCUAGCUUUCCCCCCUGCUUCUAGUCUUACUGCAAAACUAAGCUAAUCUUAGCCUAGCUCUAGCUUGCUGUUUAGCAUACAUAUGACAGUAGUUGUGUCAUCUUACUCUCAGCAAAAAAGUUAGUAAGGUUGUUAUCUAAAAAAUGUUAAACUGUAGUUUAGUUUAUAAAAAAAUAAUACAUCAGGGAACCGACACCAUUUUCUGGUGUAUUCCGAAAGCCAUGGCUAAAUCUAUUCUGACGUGUUUUUGAAAUCUACUUGUUUUUCAGUAUGUGCUGCACCUUCCAACAUGGCGUCUGCCUCAGACCCAUAUAAACACUGCAACGCACAACUUUAAUACCCAAUGUGCCAUUUUUGAUCCUCCACAACAGCAACAUUCAGUUUCUCAUCCCUCCAGUUCUCUCCAGCUGCCUCGCCUGCUGAGUUCAGUUUGAUUUAAGUACAUUUCAGAGAAGGAGCAUAGGACGGGAAAAAAAAAGAUCACACACAAAUUAAGGAAGAGAGUUAGAAAGAAAAAAAAAAUACCUUAAAGAGUUUUAAUACUUUAUGAAUUCUGAUACCUUUUUAAGAGUUUCAGAUUUGAAGCUGCUGUGACAGGUUUUGGCUGUUUCACGCCUGUGUAAAUAUCCUGCUCUUUCCUAUUUUGCAGAUUUAUUACUUGUAAAUAGACACGCAUCAAGGAGAGAUUAAACAUGUUUUUGCUAAAUCUG